CGCCUUCCUCCGCGAGAGGAGGGGCCCUGGGAGGUGGAGGGGGGUGACGGAGACAAAGAGGACACACACACACUCACACACAGGAGAGAGAAGUAGAAAGAGAGAAGCGGGAGCCUUUCUGUACACCGUGGAUCUUUUCCUUCAGGAACGUUCUUUCGAUCGCGCUCGGACCUUUGGAGGAAAGGAAAGUUGUUGGACUUGGCGCUUGUAUGUUAAUCCCGGUUCCUGUGAGUGUGAACCGGAGACAAUCGUGUGCGAACACACCUAUUUGUCCGUUUCAGCGAGAGUUCAGGGUUAGGGUGUAAAAGCGUGUUUAUGGGAUGGCAAGGGUUUCUGGAGGUGCCAACAGGUCCUAGCUCUGUGCCAUGGGGGGUUGUCAUAGUUACCCCUCUGCUGCGGAGACAGACACCACGACCCUUCACCUCUCUGACAUCGCUGAUGAUAAACUGGGCAUAAACAAUAACAACCUGGAAGAGCGUCCAUAUCUUCAGCCUGAGAAUGUGCGUGAGCGCAUCACAGACACAAACAUGUCCAGCUUCACAACCCUGCCCCCUGGCCUCGACCACACCGAGUGGCUGGCUACCAACACAGUAGCAUUCUUCCAGAACACCAACCUCCUCUCCAGCGCUCUCUCUGAGUUCUGCACCACCGCUUCCUGUCCGACGGCCUGUGGACCGGGCAACACGGUGUACUUCUGGACAGAUGACCAAGGGAAGAAGCUCAAGUGCUCUGCUCCUCUUUACUUUGACUACGCCAUGUCAUACAUUCAGGAGCUACUGGCAGAUGAAGACGUGUUCCCUACUAAAGCAGGUUCGGUGUUCCCUGCAGGUUUUGUCUUCCUGGUCCAGAAGGUGUUUCUGCUGUUGUUCAGGACUCUGGCCCACAUCUACUGGUCCCACUACAGGGAGACUCUGGCCUUAGGCCUGCACCCUCACCUCAACACCCUGUUCACACACCUCACACACUUCAGCCUGCAGCAUCGACUACUGGAACCUGAGCACACGGAUACUCUGAGGGACCUGAUCUCUGCUCUGGGACAGAACAGGUCAGUUUCGUGGUUUUUGUGUCGGAGUUGUGCGCCUCCAGAAGGUCCACUUCGUACCCGGCGACUGUACGUCCUGUUCCCCGCCAUGCGCUCCCUCCUCCCGGCGCUGAUGUGCUGCCUCAGCUUCUUAUCUCUCGAAACUCAGCCACUGGUACUACCGCUGCCGACACAGACACAGAAAGACUGGCUGAGUUUUCUCAGAAUACCCAGGUUGCUUGAGACAUCUCCCCAUCUCAUCAUGCCAACCCCCUCUGACCUCUCUGUUACCAACAACAACAUUGCCCUUAGAGACAGGCGGGCCUGGAAGGCCUUGCUGCAUAAAGGACCCACGCCAGGGUGGCCUAGCCCGGUGCCUGACCAAAACCACCUCACCACAGGGGAAGGACUACGUAGGCCGAGGGCAUUGAGAGGUCGUCGCCAUACCAACGGUGGCGGGGGGAGAGGCCAUGCCCAGCUGAUGCGGGUGGGGUGUGUUUUAGGCACUUGUCAAGUUCAAAACCUCAGCCAUCGUCUGUACCAACUGAUUGGACAAAGUGGGAGAGAAGACUCCUCCCCUAUUAACCCCCGUAGUCCUCACAGCUAUGGAUGAAAUCAUCCCCCCCUAAAAACAAGAGAGACAAUAAUUAUAUCAACAACCUUCAGAAUCGCAUAGGCGGACAUGCAGGUAAAUAUUUGUUGUAGAAAAAGACACAUAUUCUGUCGUUAAAGCUAGCCUGAUAUAGAUGAUGUCACCUGUGUGUCUAUUGGCUCUCUGUCUCCCUACUGCCUCUGCUGUGAGGCCGGAUGUCAUCAUGGGACAGUGGUAGGCGUGCUAGUGGGCUCGUUGUGCUUCCUCCUCCUGUACUGGAGAGCUGGUUCUUUCCUUGUUGUUUUCGAGGGUCUUUGACCCUCAGCCUGCUGAGCUGUAGUUUACUAGAGCUGAACCAUGCGGAUCUCUAAUCCACUCUGACUCAUCCACUCUGUCUGCAGUGUGUACACACACACACACACAAUCAUCCACAAAACUGUACCCCCCCCCCCCCACACACACACACACACACACUUGCAUACACUCACAAACACAUGCACACUACCACAAAUAUUUAUUUCUUGACAUAUCAUACAUUUGAGUUCCCCUUCAAUCCUAACCCUUCCCCUCAUACCCCAAUGAUGACCCCUUACUUUAAUCCAUCACCCCAUCGACUAAUCCACACCUUGCCACACACCUAUCCAAGCUUGUGCCAUAGAAAUGUUGACCUUUUUAGGAUGUAACCCCAGGAAGUUGUUCGUUAUUCAUUAUGUCAUAGAGUAUGUAUUGAGAGCUAGAAGGUCAGAUGUUUUUAGAAACAUAUGAAAGCACUUUAAACAUUGUUCUGUUUGGUUUGACUUGAAUUGUAUAGGUAUAUUAUUUAACUAUAAAUUUAUAAAGGCAUUUGGUUGUAAAUACUGCAUCAAAUAAACCUUUGUGAAACAUGUGGUGAAGCUAU